AUGGCCGAUAACAUCCACACAAACACAAACUGGUUCCGAUCCUUCGCUCGCUCCACGAGCAACAACAACACGAAACAACCAUCCCCGACAACAUCGACAUCAUCAAUAACAGCAACACCGCAUCCGAACUCGCUAACCCUCCAAAUCCGCCACGACCAUCACCAGAUCCUCCACGGGGCCCCAAACCCAACCCAGACCCCAACUACAGCCGAGCCAUCACCACCCCGCAAUCACCACCGCAAAUCCGCCGGUGCCACCCUCCGCACCGUGUCCAGUUUUCUGAGCCUCAAGUCUACUGGCAAAAGUGGUGGAAAUGGAAACGCUGGGGCCACUUGCAUGUCACCGACUGAGCUUGAACCGGAGGUUCAUUCAGGCCCUGGCCCUGGCACUAGCAUUGCUACUGGCUCUGGCUCCGGCCCGGGGGCUGACAGGGAGCAGCUCGGUGUCGGGCUUGUGCUGGGGUUGGGACGGGAGUCCAGGUCUGGAUCUGCGUCGGCGCCGGGGUCCACGUCGGAGCUUUUACGCGCGCCUGCGCCGGUGGCUAUGCUGCCGCUUACUGAUUUGACGGAGGUGGAUUGUUAUAGUGAUGAUGUUGUUGUUGUUGCUGCUGCUGCUGCUGUCGGUGGUGAGGGUGGCGGGAGGGAGGUGAGAGGGGGAGGAGGGGAGGGGACGUGGCAUAAUCCAAACUUGAUGCAGAUGGCUGAGAUGUUGAGCGCGGCUAUGGCGGGAAGCGGGGCAGGGAAGGCGCUGGAUGUUGCUCACAACUCGUGCGUACUCUCCCUCAUCGAGGGCUUCUACCGCCUCACCCGCAAGCUGCGCGAAACCGAGGAACAGCUGGCCGAGCUCAAGGACUUGCGCGAGAGGGAGCUGGAGCAGUUCCGCGGCAUGACCGAGGAAUGGAUGGAGACACGUGAAGCCUACAAGGCCGAGAUCAAGCGUCUAGAGCUCAGGCUUGCCAAGGAAAGCAGGGACGGGUUGGCCAGCGUCGCCCUGGCCAGGCAUGGGAGCCUCGUGGAUCGCGCCGGGAGCAAACGGUUCCAGGACAAGGUGAAGCGGUUGAGUAGCUCGCAGUAUCAAGACACCAAAGCAGAGCAGAGCAUCCCAGGCACGCCCUUCCCUUCUCAGGCCGCGACAAGUCAGAAUACUCCGGGCACAAUCCCCAAGAUUCUCGACUCCAACAGUGAUGUUCUGGUGAGCCGUAUCCUGGAGCGGCGCGAGAUGGAAGAGUGGAUGGCUCGCCAGGAGCGACGCCGAGAGGGCCGAGUGAGGGCUGGCCCAGUCCUUGUCCGGUCACGCGGCGCUCCUGAAUCCCACGAUUCCCUCGAGCAGACCUCCACGGCCAAACUGUCCCCUGAUCCUGCCAUGACCGCAGAUGGUUCCGUCGAGAUGCAAUCCUUGAACGUUCCCGUUCAAACAAAUGACGUACGGCAGCCAAGGGCGCUGCCCGCCUUCACGGCAGACAACGAAUUGGUCUCAUCAUACUCGUCAACCAGCACGGAAACGGAGCCGGGUCAAUCUGCUCUCAGGUCAACUGGCAAAGCGAACGGCCAACCGAAGAUGGCCCGCAACCAACGCUCCGAAUCUUCAGCUGCGGCUGACUAUCAACGCAUUGGCAAAGUGAAGCUGCCCCGGCUGUGGACCAAGGGCGGGAUUUCCUCGCUGGAGGAGCCUUCAGAGCGUGCUCCGCUGGACAAGAAACAACGCAGGCGGUGCUAUUCCUUCGAGAAAGGCGACGACGAGGUCUUGAGUGUUACCUCGCCUACCUGGCCACCCGAGGUCUUUUCUCCGCCUCAGUCGCCUGUGGAAGAGGAGGCAGCAGUAGAGGAGGCAGCAGUGCAGGUUGAAGGCAACAGGUUUCUAAGCGUCGUUCCAGGGGAAUCGGAUGCCUUAUGGGCAGGCUCAAACAUUGUGUCGACGGGAAUGUCGGACGUUGAUUGUGUUUCGAUCAAGCAUUCCACAUCCACCAAUACGGUCAAGUGGGUUGGGGAACGGGACAAGGUUAGAAGGGGUGUGACUGUCAAUACAGGGCAAGGCCAGAGGACAGAUUCCGCGUAG